AUGAUGCCGAAUGACCAGUCAGCACAUCUGGCCGAUUCUGUCAGAAAACCUCGGAACUCCAGCCAAGGCCUGUCAGGGCACGUGUCGACCGUCGAAGACUCUCCUGCGAGUCCCACAUCGAAACUAAAAUUGCUCUUAGUCACUAACGUUGGCAUCGGAGGGUCUUCGGUCGGCACCACACCGAUGCUUCAGACUUCACCUACCGUUUCUCUCCUCAGGCCGAAUCCAGCAUCGCGCCCCAAAGAAGGAUGCCAUGGACCGAAGGCUCCUCGAGUCCGAACCAUCCACAUCACCUGCUUGUGGUAUGGAAGCAAAAUCAACAUGAGUUUAGCAUCAAAGAGGAAAAUAUGGCUUCCUAGGGAGAAAGGGGAGUGUUUAAGCUUGACAGAUUCUGUCAAGUGUCAGAACAGCUUGCCAAGAGAGAAAACUAAAGGAAAGGAUGGGCUGAGCACGAAAUUGCUGGGUUUUGGGAGUAAGAGAGGGAAGCUUGCUCUGAAAUGUGGUUCUUUGGAUCAAGGAGCUGAUGCUUUGGCUUCUUCUCUUUUCUAA